CAGCGGCGCUUUGAUGCUCAAUGAAGACCGAGACUCCGGAGUUGCAAGACCGUCUGCGGGACUCCGGAACCCGAACACCUGAGAACCCCGAACCCCGAACCGUCAUCGGUCACAUCUGCGAACCCGAGUCCCGGUCCGGCUGGACCAGUUUGUUGGCUGAACCUGGAGCUGGGCUGGCAGACCACAGACGACCGAAGACAUGUCCGUGUCUACCCAGCUGGGUCUGCUGCUGUGGAAGAACUUUGUGUACAGACGACGACAGACGCUUCAGCUCCUGGUAGAGAUUGUGUGGCCGCUCUUCAUCUUCUUCAUCCUCAUCGCCGUCAGACUCAACUACCCGCCGUAUGAGCAGCAUGAGUGUCACUUCCCCAACAAGGCGAUGCCGUCGGCUGGCACGUUACCAUGGAUACAGGGAAUCCUCUGCAAUGCCAACAACCCGUGUUUCCGCAGCCCGACGCCCGGCGAGUCGCCGGGUGUUGUUGGCAACUUCAACGACUCCAUAAUCUCCCGCCUAUUCUCAGACGUGAAGAAGAUUCUGCUGUACAGUCAGAACGACCGAAGUCUGGAAGGUUUCAAGGACCUAGCUCAGGCUCUUGGGGCGCUCCAGUCCAGCAGAUCAGGGUUCAAGUUGAAGCACUUCCUGCGGGACGACGAGAUGUUCUCAGACUUUUUGCUGAAAAAUGCAUCUCUGCCAGAAGACGCCGUGCAAAAGAUCAUGGAUGCUGACGUGGACCUGGAGAAGGUCAUCCUCAAAGGUUUCGGGGUCCAUCUCAGGGACAUGUGUCCCAGGAAGAAGGGAAUACGGAGAUUCCAGGACUAUGUUACCAUCUCAGACCUUGGCGUGUCGAUGCUGGUCCAGGAAGUGGUGUGUCUGGCGCCGGUUCCCUGGCUGGACCGGGCUGAGCAGCACUUCCGCAGCAACCUGGACUUCUUCAAACCCAUUCGGAGGGAUGUGAGGUCCGACCCCGAAGCUGUCAAACGUGUCGCCACAGCAACCAACAAAGUCUUGGAGAAUCUGGGGUCACUGGCAGUGGAGAUGGCCGGGAUGAAGAGCUGGAUCGAUCUAAGGAAUGAGAUUCUGUUUCUGACCCGGAACGCCACCUCAUCUCCAAGCAUCUUGUACCAGGCUGUGUCCCGCAUUGUGUGCGGCCACCCAGAAGGGGGCGGACUACAGAUCAAGUCUCUGAACUGGUAUGAGGACAGCAACUACAAGGCUCUCUUUGGGAACCACAACAACAGCAGCGACGACGAGUCCACGUCCGUCUACGACAACACUACCACCCCCUACUGCAACAGUCUGAUCAAGAGCAUGGAUUCCAACCCGAUGUCUCGGAUGAUCUGGACCGCGGUGAAGCCACUGCUGAUGGGGAAGAUCCUCUACACCCCCCACACCCCGGCCACACAGCGGGUCAUCCUUGAGGUGAACCGGACGUUCCAGGAGCUCGGUGUUUUUCGGGACCUGGGGGGAAUGUGGGAGGAGAUGAGACCUAAGGUCUGGAACUUCCUGGAGAACAGCGAGCAGAUGGACCUAAUCCGGACCAUGCUGAGGAACAACGUGACGGCUGCCGUCUUCCAAGCGCAGCUCGCGUCCACCCAGUGGACCGUCUCCGACGUCUCCAGCUUCCUGGCAAAGCAGGCUGAUGACACGCGGCCCGCAGGCAGUGCCAUCACCUGGAGGGACGUGUUCAAUGAGACGGACCAGGCCAUCCUCAGCAUCUCGCGCUUCAUGGAGUGUGUGAACCUGGACAAGCUGGAACCAGUCCCCACAGAGGAGCACCUGGUCAACAAGUCAAUGGUUCUGUUGGAGGACCGCAAGUUUUGGGCCGGGAUUGUGUUUCCGGACGUGAGCCUCAAUGACACGGAGCUUCCCAGCAAUAUCAGUUACAAGAUUCGCAUGGACAUCGACAACGUGGAGCGGACCAACAAGAUCAAAGACGCGUACUGGGACCCGGGUCCUCGGGCGGACCCCUUCGAGGACAUGCGCUACAUUUGGGGCGGCUUCUCAUACCUGCAGGACGUGGUGGAGCAGGCCAUCGUGCGGGCGCUGACCGGCAUCAGAGAGAAAACGGGGGUCUACAUCCAGCAGAUGCCGUACCCCUGCUAUGUGGACGACAUCUUCCUGCGCGUCAUGAGCCGCUCCAUGCCGCUCUUCAUGACUCUGGCGUGGAUGUACUCGGUGGCCAUCAUCCUGAAGAGUGUGGUGUACGAGAAGGAGGCCCGGCUUAAGGAGACCAUGAGGAUCAUGGGCCUCAACAAUGGCAUCCUGUGGUUCAGCUGGUUCCUGAGCAGUCUGGUUCCGCUGCUGAUCAGUGCAGGGCUGCUGGUGCUGCUGCUCAAGAAGGGGAACCUCCUUCCCUACAGCGACCCGGGUGUGGUCUUCCUCUUUCUGGCGUCCUUCGGUGUGGUCACCAUCAUGCAGUGUUUCCUCCUCAGCACAGCCUUCGCACGCGCCAAUUUGGCGGCGGCCUGUGGUGGCAUCAUCUACUUCACCCUCUACCUGCCAUAUGUGCUGUGCGUGGCCUGGCAGGACUACAUCGGCUUUGGGGCCAAAGUGUUUGCGAGCCUUUUAUCUCCGGUGGCAUUCGGAUUCGGCUGCGAGUACUUUGCUCUGUUUGAGGAGCAGGGGGUUGGGAUCCAGUGGGGCAACCUGCUGGCCAGUCCCCUGGAGGAGGAUGACUUCAGCCUGCGCACCGCCAUUCUGAUGAUGUACGUGGACUCCUUCCUGUACGGCGUCCUGACCUGGUACAUCGAAGCAGUCUUCCCUGGUCAGUACGGCAUCCCCAGGCCCUGGUUCUUCCCCUUCACCAGGUCAUACUGGCUGGGAGACAAAGAGGAGAAGUCCAGUAAAGUUCCCCUAAACCGAGCGGGAAACGCUGCAGCCGUGUGUGUGGAGGAGGAGCCGGCCCACCUGGACCUGGGUGUCUACAUUGAGAACUUGGUGAAGGUCUACCGUCACGGGAAGAAGCUGGCGGUGGACGGACUGACGCUGGGCUUCUACGAGGGGCAGAUCACUUCUUUUCUGGGUCACAACGGAGCUGGCAAGACCACCACCAUGUCAAUCCUCACUGGGCUCUUCCCCCCCACCUCUGGCACCGCCUACAUUCUGGGCAGAGACAUCCGCAGUGACCUGAGCGCCAUCCGCCAGAGUUUGGGCGUCUGUCCUCAGCACAACGUCCUCUUCAGCAUGCUGACGGUGGAGGAGCACAUCUGGUUCUAUGCUCGACUGAAAGGUCUGGGAGAGGAGCAGGUGAAGCGUGAGAUCGAGCAGAUCCUGCAGGACACAGGCCUGCCGCACAAGCGCGGCGCUAGAACCAGCACUCUGUCGGGGGGGAUGCAGAGGAAGCUGAGCGUGGCACUGGCUUUCGUGGGCGGGGCCAAGGUGGUGAUCCUGGACGAACCUACGGCUGGCGUGGAUCCUUACGCCCGCCGCGGGAUCUGGGACCUGUUGCUGAAGUACCGGCAAGGUCGCACCAUCAUCCUGUCCACGCACCACAUGGACGAGGCCGACAUCCUGGGAGACCGGAUCGCCAUCAUCUCACACGGCAAGCUGUGCUGCGUUGGCUCCUCGCUUUACCUGAAAAACCAGCUGGGGACCGGAUACUACCUGACCUUGGUGAAGAAGGAGCCAGAGCCGGAACCAGAGGCUUCACUGAGCUCCUGCAGGAACUCCACCAGCACCGUGUCCUUCAUCAAGAAGGAGGGUGAGUGCUCCUCGGUCAGCAGCAGUGACGCCGGUCUCGGCAGCGACCAUGAGAGUGAGGCGGCGACCGUCGAACAGGGCCUGGCACCGCAGGCUCCCAUGGCUCCACCAGAGGCUGCUGCUGUGUCUUCUGUGGUCUUCCAUCACGUCCCGGCGGCCCGGCUGGUGGAGGACCUGGGCCAUGAGAUCACCUACGUGCUGCCCUACAGUGCAGCCAAAGACGGUGCCUUUGUGGCGCUUUUCAAAGAUCUGGACCAGAAACUGUCUGAGCUCAACAUCUCCAGCUACGGCGUGUCGGACACCACACUGGAGGAGAUUUUCUUAAAAGUGGCUGAAGACAAUGGCGUGGACACGGAGGUGCCCUCAGACGGAACCCUUCCUGUUCCCCGGCGGAGGAGAGCUCAUGCUUUCGGAGGCGGAGACCCUCAGAGCUGCCUGCGACCGCUGACUGAUGAGAACGAGGGCAAUGACUCGGAUGGAGACCCAGAGUCCCGGGAUGCGGAGUGGCUCCGGCUCUCGCCAGGUAAAGGCUCGUACCAGGUGAAGGGGUGGAGCCUGAAAAGGCAGCAGUUUGUGGCGCUCAUGUGGAAGCGGUUCUUGUACGCCCGGCGCUCCAGGAAGGGUUUCUUCGCUCAGAUCGUCCUGCCAGCCGUCUUCGUCUGCAUCGCUCUGGUCUUCAGUCUCAUCGUCCCUCCCUUUGGAAAGUACCCAAGUUUGGAACUGCAGCCCUGGAUGUACGAGGACCAGGUCACUUUCUUCAGUGACGACGCUCCGGGGGAUGUGAGCACACAGAAGCUUCUGGACUCUCUCUUGGACGCUCCAGGUCUUGGGACCCGUUGCAUGGAGGGAACUCCAAUCCCAGACGCCCCGUGUACCAUGGGGGACGAGGACUGGAGCUGGCCUGAAGUCCCCAAGAGUGUGCAGGAGAUCUUCAGCUCUGGAAACUGGACCAUGGAGGAGCCGUCGCCCGGCUGCUUCUGCAGCUGUGGUGGGAAGAAGAAGAUGUUGCCUGACUGUCCAGCUGGAGCCGGAGGACUCCCCCCUCCUGAGAUGAAGCUGAGCGCCUCCGACACGCUGCAGAAUUUGACUGGAAGAAACAUUUCUGACUAUUUGGUGAAGACAUAUGCCCAGAUCAUCGGGAAGAGCUUGAAAAACAAAGUCUGGGUCAACGAGUUUCGCUACGGAGGGUUCUCGCUCGGCGCCAGGAGCACGCAGGUUCUUCCGCCGGCGGACGAAGUGGACGAUGCCAUUCAUCGAGUCCGAAAGAUCUUUGAGCUGCGGAAGGGGGGCGCCGCAGAUCGUUUCCUGGACAGUCUUUCGGGGUUCAUCAACGGCCUGGACACCAAAAACAACGUGAAGGUGUGGUUCAACAACAAAGGCUGGCACAGCAUCGGCGCCUUCAUCAACGUCAUGAGCAACGGCAUCCUGCGAGCCAACCUGCCUGAAGGUCACGACCCCAGCAAGUACGGGAUCCGAGCCUUCAACCACCCGCUCAACCUGACCAAGGAGCAGCUGUCCCAGGUGGCACUGGUCACGACCUCCGUGGACGUCCUGGUGUCCAUCUGCGUGAUCUUCGCCAUGUCCUUCGUCCCCGCCAGCUUUGUGGUCUUCCUCAUUCAGGAGCGGGUCAACAAGUCGAAGCACAUGCAGUUCAUCAGUGGAGUGCACCCCCUGCUGUACUGGCUGGCCAACUUCACCUGGGACAUGUGUAACUAUGUCGUCCCUGCGACGCUCGUCGUCCUCAUCUUCAUCUGUUUCCAACAAAAAGCUUAUGUGUCGUCUACAAACCUGCCAGUCCUGGCUCUGCUGCUGCUCCUCUAUGGGUGGUCCAUCACGCCGCUCAUGUACCCCGCCUCCUUCUUCUUCACCAUUCCCAGCACAGCGUACGUCGUCCUGACUAGCGUCAACAUCCUCAUCGGAAUCAAUGGCUCCAUCUCCACCUUCGUCAUGGAGCUAUUUGGCAACAACGAGAUUGGAGGCAUCAAUGACAUCCUGAAGAACGUGCUGCUCAUCUUCCCACACUUCUGUCUCGGCCGAGGACUCAUCGACAUGGUGAAGAACCAGGCCAUGGCUGACGCCCUGGAGAGAUUUGGCGAGAACAGGUUCCGCUCACCUCUGGAGUGGGACAUGGUCGGGAAGAACCUCUUUGCCAUGGCGGUGGAGGGAGUGGUCUUCUUUAUCAUCACGGUUCUGAUCCAGUUCAGAUUCUGCAUCAAACCGAGACCCGUCAGCAAACUCAACAAGCUGGGAGCUCUGGGUGAGGAGGACGAGGACGUGGCCCGGGAGAGACACCGGGUCAUUCACGGGCUUGGACGCGGAGACAUCCUGGAGAUGCGGCAGCUCACGAAGGUGUUCAAGAGGAAGCAGAAGCCGGCGGUGGAUCGGCUGUGUGUGGGGAUCCCCCGAGGGGAGUGCUUCGGGCUCCUCGGUGUAAACGGUGCCGGCAAGACGACCACCUUCAAGAUGCUGACCGGUGACACGAUGGUGACCAGCGGCGAGGCCUUCCUGGCUGGGAAAAGCAUCCUGCGAGAGAUCGAGCAGGUGCACCAGAACAUGGGCUACUGCCCGCAGUUUGACGCCGUCAACGAGCUGCUGACCGGCAGAGAACACCUGGAGCUGUACGCCGUCCUCAGAGGGGUCCCCGAAGACCAAGUCUGUGACGUGGCAGACUGGGGCAUCAGGAAGCUUGGUCUGCUCAAAUAUGCGGACAAGGCCGCAGGGAGCUACAGCGGCGGGAACCUGAGGAAACUUUCCACCGCCAUGUCCUUGAUCGGAGCGCCGCCCGUCGUCUUCCUGGACGAACCCACCACAGGGAUGGACCCCAAAGCUCGCCGGGCCCUGUGGAACUGCAUCCACAGCGUCAUCAAGGAGGGACGAUCGGUCGUGUUGACGUCUCACAGCAUGGAGGAGUGUGAGGCUCUCUGCACCCGGAUGGCCAUAAUGGUGAACGGCAGGUUCAGAUGUCUCGGCAGUGUCCAACACUUGAAGAACAGGUUCGGCGACGGCUACACCAUCAUCCUGCGGGUGGCGGGUCCAGAUCCCGACCUGGUCCCGGUGAUGAAGUUCAUCGAGAGCGAGCUGAGCGGCAGCACGCUGAAGGAGACGCACCGGAACAUGCUGCAGUACCAGCUGCCCUCCUCCCUCACCUCCCUCGCCCACAUCUUCUCCAUACUUGCCAAAAACAAACACACACUCAAGAUAGAGGACUACUCUGUGACUCAGACCACGCUGGACCAGGUUUUCGUGAACUUUGCCAAGGACCAGUCGGACGACUACCACUCAAAAGAUCCGUCAAUCAAACGGCGAGACGUAGCCGUCAACGUUUCCAUGUCGAGCUCAGCGCAGGGAGCCUGCGGCGUCGACCGCCUCCAAGAGAGUGUCAUGUGACCUGCUGACACACUCACUCACACAGACUUUCUUCCUGUGGCGGAGUCAACCGCCACUUGCCAGUCAAUGCAAAGUAUUUCCAGCAGGGGGUGUCACCUUUUAAAGCUGGACUUGAACGUGUGGCCGCGCCGCCGCCAUGUUCUCACUCCUGUUAUCCAGCAGGCGGCGCCACUGAACCAGAAGUGAGGUUCAUCGACUGAAUUGCUGAUGAAGUAUCCGAAUCAUUUCAUGUAUGAGUACUGGUGAUUUUUAAAUGUUUUAAUUCUAUUUUUAGAUUUUAUUUAUUUGUACUGGCGCAUGUGGGCCACUCUGAACCUGUUCCCUGUUCAGCAGCCAAUCAGAAAAGACAAUUUUUUUGUUCUUAGUUUUGAGGACCCUUGUGUGAGAAGAGGUGACCUCAACAGUCCAGCUGAAACCAGACCGACUUCAGCUCUUCACUGACAAAGAUGAUGAUGAUGAUAAUGAUGAUGAAGAUUGUCCGUCAAAGUUGGAAAAAAAAACCUGCUGUUACCGACGUCAAUAAAUCUUCUCAAACUUGUCGUCUUGUGAACACACACACUCAGGCGCACACCACUUUGGUCUAAACGUUUACUGCUUCAGCGUCUGUUUCCAAGGCAACAGCGACGC